ACUGACUAGUGUCAUUGAAACUAUCAACAAGUAAAAGAAAAGGCAAGAAAGUCAGAAUGGCAUUGGAUCAUAACUUGGAUAUCCACACGGAAGUUAUAUUCUACUAGUAUUUGACUCAAAGUAAGGGAAAGUGUUAUGCAACUGAUUUGUUGUUUAUAGGCCCUAUAUUUAGAUAACUUUCAAAAUAGCUGAGUAUUGAGUUAUGUUAUUAAAAAAAGCAUAUUUGAAGUGACUACUAAGUAAAUAAGUAAAGUCAGUAAUAGUUACUGAACUGACUCACUCUGUCAAAGUGUUUGACUGAUAGUCAGAUAGUGAUUCAGUGAUUAUUGUGAAGAUGAUUUAGGCCUACUGUUUUUUACUUUAGUAUAGUAAAAACGGGGAAGUAAUAAAUACAUUUUUACAAGUUUUUACUAUCAUACUUCAUAUAUAUAUAUAUCAAAUAUAGUACUAACAGUAGGACUUGACUUAGAAACUUUGGAAUGAAUUAAAUUAAUCUAAUAAUUUAAUAUCACUUUCAAUGAUAAUGAUUUAAAUGAUAAGUUCUAUGUUAGUUAUUUUCAGCCAAUAGAAGGACAUGUCAAUGUGACAUUAUCAUCAUUAAUAUGAUAAAAACUUUUUAAAUUAAAAAUAUGUUUCAAUUUCAAAUUUAAAAAGCACAGGCAAAAAGUUUUUAAAAAAUCCUGAGAUCAAAGUAAGAUUUUGUUUCUGUCUUUUAACAGUUUCACAUUAUUUAUUUCAAUAAUUUCUGUUUGUUGGUUUAGUUGGAUAAACUGAUCAUAUAUAAUAUUGCAUUUUAAAAGUUUGUUGUACUAAUAAGGACCUACUUAUAAUACUUUCAUAUUCAUAGUAAAGUAACUUAUCAAACAAAAUUAUUAGCUUAUAUAUUUCUUGCAAAGUAAACUAAAUAAAGCCCUAAAAAACACCAGUGUAAUGAAGGCCACAGGUCUUCUAUUAGUUAUGACAAAAACUCUAUGCAAAAUUGAUACUAAAGUAGUGUAGUGUUGCGCAAGCAAUGAACAAUAAAAUGCCUGAAAUUGGCCGUCGUGCGUCAUCAAGGGACUGGGCCACAAGGAUACAGAUUCAUGGUAUCCUGUUGAAGAAACCUUUUGCUCAUCAAUCAAGUAAAUGGUCAAAAAGGUUUGUUGACUUUGUAACAAAUAAAUCAUUUAAUUAUUAUAAGUACUACUAACUGCAUUAGAGGGAUACAUCUCAAAAAAAAAAAGUAAACUUGUGGUUAUCUUUUCACUUCCAUGUAAAUUUCUAAAAAUUUUAUUUAUUUUUUUAUAUUAAUUAAAUUUUUACACUUGUAGACUAGUGGGUUUAACACCCCCAAACAUAUCUUCUACAAUUAAACAUAGUAAUAUAUAUUUUUUAAAGAAGACAUAGUGUUCCAUUAAGAAAUAAGGAGAUAUUGUUGUCAACGGUAGUGUAGCUAAGGCUGGUGUCACCUGUUGCAGUAAACUCAUGGUGCCUCCCCCCCUCCAACUAACAUGAUGCAUUUCUUAUUGAUAAAAUAAGUCUACAGUAUUAUGUAUAACAAAGACAAGAACAAAAACAAAUUAAUUAAAGGUCAGGAGGUAAAUGUAUUUAAGAACUGUAACAGUGUUAAGUUAUAGCUAUUUUUACAUUAAAUUUACUUUAUUUAAAAUUUCCUUUCACUGUAUCACUUUCAAUAUCCUUCACCGUAUCGUUUUCACUUGAUAGUAGAGCCAGAUCAGAAACCUUGACUGUCCCAUGGUGGAUCGUAAAUAGUUCUUGAUAAGCCUUACUUUUGUAAAGCUUCCCUCACAUGAAGCAACAGACACACAGAUUGUAAACAACAAUUGAAGGCUUAGCAGAGUAUUGGAAGAGAUCUAGGAAGUCCAAUUCAGGAAUUUCAAAACAUAAAAUUUAGAACAGACACCAAUAACUCUUCUUCAUUUGCUGAUAGUAGACUAGUUGGUUUAACACCCCCAAACAUAUCUUCUAAUUCCUUGAUCGCUGAUGAUUUGAUCUGGAGUUCAGAAUGAAAGUGAUCAGUACACUCCCUCAUCUCCCUACUGUUCAAUUAAAUUUUCUCCUGCUAUUCUUUUCUUAAAUCUUAAUCUUCUCUCUACCGAAAUUCCAUAUUGGUCUGAUUUUAGAAGUGCCUUUUCAAAAGCAUGUUCCACCAAGUGACAGCGCUUCUCGGGCAGAAACAAUCUUCAGACCUCUAGGUUGGUCACCACUGUGUCAAGUGUUUUUCUGACCCAAUAGUAGGGUCCACUCAAUUUUGACGCAUCAACCUCGAACUUUUUAUAAAGCAUACCUUUGGAUUGGUUACAUGUGUGGAAAAUUUACAUUUGAUCGGUUACCCUUUUGUGAAAUUUGGUUAGAUCGAGCACUGUGUGCUCUGUAAAUAUGCAAUUUUUCAAUUUGGGUUCACCCCCUGGGAUGGUGUCACACAAUGCGGUCCGCACCCCUUGCACCUCCCUAGCUACGCCACUGGUUGCCAAUCAACUUAUUUUACCAUUCAUUCAAUUUAUUUGUUCUGAAUAUUAAUUGAAUAAUCAAAUUUUUAGCGAUAGUAGAAACUAUUUUGAUUAUUUUACAGAUAAUUAACAUAUCUUUGAUUUCUCUUAUUUUAAAAAAAAAUGCUAUUGCAGAUUUUUCUUGGUAAAGGAUGGCUUUCUUAUGUACUAUGAUGCCAAUGAGAAAAAAGAUUAUGAACGCCGGGAGUUUUUUAAUAUUCACCCAAAGGUAAACUCUCUGAUUGCUAUCCUAAUAUUUUAUUGCAAUUUUAACCAGGUUUAUUUGGCAGACAUCAAACAUAGACACUACUAUGACCACCUUGAAACUGUUUCUUUAGUCUAAAAAUUUUCUGAAGAAACUUUUAGGGAUCAAAGUGUUCAAUUAAAAAAAAAUCAAUGUAAAAACUUUCAAGAGUAGUCUGCAAGAUAGUUAGAAAUUAGUUUCAGAACUGGGUUACUUCUAAGAGCGGCCUGUGAUUUGAUAAUAAUGUAAGAAUUAUUCUGACUUAUGAUAACACUGAACAUCAUUACAUCAUGUAAUACAUAAAUAUGCAUCAAAUUUAAAUAUCUAUUUGUCCCCUUUAUAAUUUAUUCAUUACAACAAAAAAAUAACAAAGUUUUUACUAUUAAAUUAAGGGUUUGCAAGAUCAAAAGAUCAUGAAAAUGUAAGGCCUGCUGGUUGCCAUCUCUUGCUCUUUUUCAUAAAAAUUAUUUAAUCAAUGUCUUUGCACCCAGAUUUAAUGCACAUAAUAUCUUGAAGUUAGGACAUAUCUGAAUCAGGUAAUCUACAAUAAUUUUCAUCAGCUUGUUGAUACUACACCCAAAAACAAUAACAAAUAAUAAUUCGUUAGUUAUUUAUGUAUGGCUGUAUUGCUGUUUUCAAUAGGCACUUAAAAUAAAGUUCCGAGAAGUUAGCACUAAUUGAAAUGCAUGUUUAGUCAAGUAACUUUAGUAGAUGGGAAGUUCAUGCAUUGCUGCCGCCAUUGUUUGGUGGUAUAUUUCUAGUUUACCAUAAUUCUUCAUAAAUAAAUUAAUUAGUAAAAUUUUAAGCCCAUAUCAUUCAGUUGAAAAUAAUAAUUAAAUCUGAGUUGCACAUAUUUUAUAAAUACAAUGGUUGCAUAUUUUUAAACUCAAUGUUCAUUUUAGAAAAAGCAAAUUCAAAAAUUAAAUGCCUUAUGGUCACACUUUGUGUAAAUGAUCAAACAGAAUCAUCCUAGGGUUACUUAUAUAACCUAGACCAGGGUCCCCCAACUACAGCCUAGGCGCCAGAUCCAGCCCAUCAGGAGUCCUUACCCUGCCUGCCUUGCUGCUGCAUGAGUACCCAUGAAUAUACCCAAAACAGUGCUGCACUGCAAACCAUGAAAAGUUGUAUACACAAAAAGACAACACAUAUACUCUCUGUAGCCAUAACCCCCAGGUUGAGGUCAUAGUUGGGGAAGGAGAGGCCAAGAUGAUGGUGCAAGUGACUGCUGUCAUUGCAUUUGAUGUGCUCAGAUAUUUUUCAUUGUCAUUCUACGAAAGCAGUGAAUUUCAUUAAUGCUGCUCAACUUCUAAUUUUCAUUUGUCGGACAAAUGAUCAUUUCAGAGUCACAGAGGGGAUUUUUGCACUGAAAAGCAUCAACGGAAUGACAGGAGAGGAUUUCUAUGACAAAGUUUGCCAAAAAGAUGUUGAUUUGGAGCUUUACUGGUUUAAACUAGCCAGUAUAUAACAACUGAUGGGCUAAGAUAGGCUAGUAUAACAACUGAUUGGCUAAACUAGGCCAGUAUAACAACUGAUGGGCUAAACUAGCCAAUGUAACAACUGAUGGGCUAAACUAGCCAGUAUAACAACUGAUGGGUUAAACUAGCCAGUAUAACAACUGAUGGGCUAAACUAGCCAGUAUAACAACUGAUGGGUUAAACUAGCCAGUAUAACAACUGAUGGGCUAAACUAGCCAGUAUAACAACUGAUGGGUUAAACUAGCCAGUAUAACCACUGAUGGGCUACACUAGGCAGUGUAACAACUGAUGGGCUAAACUAGGCCAGUAUAACAACUGAUGGGCUAAACUAGCCAGUAUAACCACUGAUGGGCUAAACUAGCCAGUGUAACAACUGAUGGGAUUCCUAGCAUGGUAGGGUUUAUGGAAGGAGUGGAUGCAUUCAUUAAUCUAUAGACCGACAACACAACUGUUAAGCAUCCAUUAACUGUACCCUGCAUAACCCACCAACAAGAAGUGUGUUGUAAAUCAUUGAAGUUGUGUUAGUCAUAAAAAUUGUUGUAUCUUGUGUUAACUUCAUUAGAGCUCAUGCACUGUGAAUGUUGCCUGUGAAGAUAUCUUAAACCAACCACCACACUGGUUUCUGUUUCAUGCUUUCACAAAACAAAGAAAGUACCAGAGCUCAAAGAGUGCAGUUGGCAACUUUGCCUUUCAAUGUGCAACUUCAAGGAAACAGGAAGCUGAUCUGUGAUAUGCAUACACAUGGAAAGCAUUUCAAGGAAGUUCAGACCUCAUCUUUAAAACAAGUGAAGGAGGAAAAAUUCUGCCAUCUCCCCUAAAAAAAAUGUGUGGACCUCCUGAAAAUGUUGCAAAAAAAAGUUUCAAAAUUAGAUUCAAUCAAAGAGCUUCAUCUCCAUGAACAGGACAUACAGCUUUUCAGUAGCCCAUUGAAAUUGUUGAUCCAACUGACCAGAUGUAACUGCCUUAACUCUCCGAAAGACGCAUUCAAGUCAAACAGCCAUAAUAAUUACUUUGCAUCUCUCCCCUCUGAGACAUAUGUUAAGCUCAGAAGCCAUGCACUCAAAAUGGCAAUUGUCUUUGGCAUCACCUAUGUCUGUGAACAGACUCUGUCCAAAAUGAAACUUCUGAAAUCUCCAACUAGGUGUAGACUAACUUAUGCACACUUGCAUCACUUGUUACGACUCACAGUGACAAAUAUGGAACCAGACACAGACCAUCUCAUUUGCCAAAAGCAGACCCAUACUUCCCAUUGAAAUACUAAAAAGCUUAUUUUGAUUAAAAUUGUUCUUCAUGUGAUAUUUUUUCCACUGUUUUGUUUUUUUCCAAUAAAAAUAAUAUAUGUGCAGUGUGCAUAGGAAUUUGAUCAUAUCUUUUUCAAACAACCUGGUGUGUGUGGCCCCAAACAGUGUCUGAGGGACAAUGAACAGUUUUAAAAGUUUUGAGGACCCUUGACCUAGACAGCGUUUUCAAAUUUGUAUUUAUUAUUGGUAAUUAUAUUGCUGGAAUAAUAAAUGCUUUCACACUAAGUAUUUGUAUUUCCCUCUGUUGUUUCACGUCUUAUUUUCCUUUCAGGGAGUCCUACCCUUGGGUGAGUGCAGCUUCAAAUCUUGCAGAGAACCACAACAGCCUUUUUGUGUUCAGAUUGAGAGCCAGGAAAUCGGGGUGAAUAAAUUUCUUUUUAAAAAUAAUUUCAACAAGUAGCUAUAUUAAAAUAUUAAAAUAAUUAAUCAUGGUAAUGCAAGUAAUUCAUGGUACUAGUUAUUUAUUUCUGAAGUGAUAGAAAUUUUAAGUAAUAUUCUACCUGUAAUAAAAAUGCCCAACAGCAUCCCAAAUAACUCCCCACACUCCUUAAGAUUUCAAUAUUUACUACAUGAUGUGAUUAAAUUUUUAGUUUUAAACCCCCUCCCACUCCCCAACUUUUUUUUUCAUUUAAAUUUUUGACCCAAAAGCCAUUGCUAUGCCACACAAAAAACAAACAUUAUUUAUAAGGGUCACAAGGGUGCUAUGUCUUAGAUCACCUUAAAUAUACUUAAAUCAAUCUUGCUUUCUUUGAAUGUAAUUAGAACAAACACUUAUAAUUUAUAAAUAAUUUUUAAAAUCUAUGGCAAUAGAUGACUCCUUAUGUCAAUAAUUACACAAUAAAUUUACUGUAAAGUGUGAUUAAAUUGUGAAUUUUAUAUUUUUGUUUGUGGCAAAGCUUGCAUCAUAAGGUAGUUUGCCAAAUGCAUUUGCUUUUUAGUAAAAACAGUUGGUUUUAUUACAGCUUUAAAAAAUAAUGAAUGAAAAAAAUGUGCUAAGUAUGUACUUAAUAUUUUUAGUUCUAAAAAUAGUAGUUAAUUUAGGUCAACAUGGAGGGUGUGGAGUACCUUUAGCUUUUCUUUCUCUUAGUUGGCAGUUAGGUGUCUGGGCUAUUGACAUGGGAUGUGGCAGUGAAGAAUGAAUGAGUUGUAACACUUGACUUUGUUGCUACUUUAUUAUUUGUUGAGUGGGUGAAGUCAUACGUUAAGAUUGGUACUUAAGGGAGAACAUAAAAAUGGAUGGAGAUUAUUAAGAAUAAUUUGAUCUUCAAUUUAUAUGAAUAAUCACUCUGGCAUAUGAAAAAAUCUAUUCUAGCAAUUGAAAUAAUUUAGAGAAUUGAUAAUCAAAAUAGCAAAGUUGAUGCAUUGACUAAUAUCCUUAUGAAUUAUAAAGAAAAACAACUGUUAAGAUUUCUUUAAAAUGUGCACAAGUUUUUCAUUUUUACAUUUUUAAUUGUUAAAAUUCAAGCUUUGUUUCCUUAAGGGGUCUGUUUGCUUUUAAUUAUAUAGUGAAUGAAUAAUAUUGAUUUAUUUAAAAAAAGGCAAAUAUGUGUUUUUUUUAAAAGGCAAAUAUAUAUGUGUGUGUGUGUGUGUAUAUAUAUAUAUAUAUUGCUUGUGAUGAGGCUGCUUCCAUUUUCCAACUGGUCCUCCCCCUACUCAACAUGUUUUAUGUUAAUAGUACUUAGUGAAAAAAAAUAGCUAUCAAGCAGCAUGAAAAGGUUUAUUUUUUUUCUGAAGUAAUUAUUAUGUUAAUCAGUAAAGAGCCACAGGUAUCGUGUAGGACUGACUAUAGGAUUGUUUGUCGGACCUAUUGUUUAAUGGCCAGCAUAUGUUAUAGAAAAUGAGAAGUUCACUCUUUUUUUUAACACUUGGUCCUACUUGGUAUUUUCUCAUAAUACCCGGACCCGGUGUAAAAAAAAAAACUGCACCCAUUUAAGCCCUAGAAUAUAUUUAUAAAUAUUUCAGUAAACAAUUCUGUGGAAAAAAAAUAUAUAUAAAAUCUAAGGUAUUUACCCUUAAAAAGGAUUCACUAGCCAAAAAGAUUAAUGUUAGACUUGGCAGUAACAGGAAGAUAAAUUACAUUGCAUUAGAAGAAUACAUUGACUAUUUAAGAAAGAAAAUAAAAAAUCCGGGGGCCCCCUACCAUCAAAGUAAAUAGGAAGGUGCUAGAGGAGGCCAGUGUUAGAAAAACAAACAUGGUCCAGGCAUUUGUUACUAAGCUGGUUUAACAAGCACAGGUGGGGAGACUGAACAGUUACCGAGAGUAAUCUAAAUGUGUCUGUUGAUGUGGUGGGGCUCUAUUGAUGGGUUUUUUUUUAUCAGUGUAACUUUUGUUGCUCAUUUUGAAUAGCCACCUCCUAUAAUCUUAUGAGGCUGUACUGUAAAUAUCUUUUACUCCAUAUAAUAUAACUGACCCCACUUACUAUUAUAAGUAUUUAAUUUAAAUCUUUUGCUAUAUACCCUUACAAACACCCCUUACUAUUAUAUGUUAAUGAAAUUUUACUCAGUAAUCUUAUAGACCCUAUUUGCUGUUAUUCAAGUAAAUACAUUUAAAUUAAAAUGACGAUUAGUUGGGAUGAUAUUUUUCUUAACAAAAUAGUGAAGUUUCUAUGGUUAUGCCUGUCGUCAGUUGUACUCAUCUUGAAAAAAGAAACAGUUAAACUAGAAUGAAACAAAUACUGUAUAUAAGAAAACAAACCUAUUUUUAUUAUACCCCAUGGUGCUAAAUUUGUCUCAUCUUUUUAUUUUUAAUAAUGCAGAAAAUAUUAAAACUACGUUAAAAACUUUUUUAUCAGACAUUAAAAUUGUCAGUUCUUCUUUAAAAAUUAUUAUUUAACUGUUGUGUGUGCACGUUUUACACUGAGAUCAACUGCUUCCUUUUUUAGUUAUUUUUGCAAAAAAAGAUUGCACCUUUUUCAACAUAGACAUAAUAUUUAUACUUAAGUUUUUAAAAGAAGAGCUUUCAACUAAAAAAAUUCCAUUCAUGUUUCAUCAUAUUAAUUGCAAACAUAGGCUAGCAUCCCUUGUGACACCUUUCCUUAUUUCCCUUAAUCGUUAUAGCAACCUGAGUUUAUUUUGUUCCCCAGGGAAAGCUUAUCUUGGCCGCCGAGAGUGAGUAUGAGAGGGACCACUGGCUGGAAAUCCUAGAACGCUCCAGACGUGUGUAAGUAAUGAAUGGAAGCCUGUGCAAAUCUGAUCUCAUACACUUACCUGUCAGCCACUGACAAAUGUUAUCCCCCUGGCACCAGGCAAGUGCCCCUGUUUGCCCACAGCUAUAUAAUGCUGCUCACUGUUGGCAAGGAUUCUAUUUUUAGGCUUACAUGUGUUUGAAUGAUUGCCCUUUGACCAAGACUUUUCUUUUCCCUGUUGUAUAAAGAAGUGUAUACCUUUCUGUAAGACUAAGUGAAUCAAUUUAGGUUUAAUAUUCGCUUGCUUAUGUAGUUUAAAAAAAAAAAAUUCUUUUAUUCCUAUCUUGUUAAUUAAAUAAUGUGUGUGUGGGGGGGGGGGGAGGGGGGAGAGAGAAACUUUUCCUUAGUAUUAUUGAAGUUCAAAAAUAUUACUUUUGAACAAACCUAUGUUACUGGCAGCAUGUAUGAUCUCAAACAAGGAAAAUUGAUUUCACAAAUGGCACUGAUUAGCAUACCCUAGACAUUACUUGUGAGAUCAUGGUGGAAUUCAUUACAACUUUCCAUGGCACACAUAUGAUGUUGUAAGGAAAUUAAGGACUCUUUUUUUAUAUAAUUUAUUCUGUUUAUAUAAUUAUAAUUCUGUUUAUCUAAUUUAUUCUAGAAUAGAAACAUCAAGACUUUUUUUCUCUGAUUUCUUAAUUUACACAGAACAUGGAAAAAUACACAGCUUGGAGAUGAAAUGAUAAGAAGAUUAGAAGACCAAGGGCUUCAAAUGGCAAUAGAAAAGCAAGGUUAUAUUGGUAGGUCUUGUUUAUCUGAGCCUUGAAUAUUGAAUGGAAAACACAUUGUAUUAAACAAAUUUUGUUUAAUGUGUGAAUAGUUUGCUUCAUUAUAAAAGAUUAAGAUGUUCAUAUGUUGUGUGGGAAACUGUGUAGGUUGUCAAUCAGCCCAGGGUUUUAAAAAAUGGUAGAUGUUGGAGGAAGGACUGGUGGAUUUUAAUUUCUUAGCAGCAUUUAUAUUUAUAUAUAUAUAUAUAUUUCGGAAAAAACAACUGUACUUUUCCUUCUCAGAUCGCCUUCAAUCUGAAGUUUUAGCAUUAUCUGAAGAAAAAAUGAGAACUGAGGUAAGGGUAUACAACCUUUGCAUACAACACUAGUACUUCUGGAGUGGCCAGCCUGGCUGAUCUGUGGGGCUGCAAAUAUUAAUCUUUAUCACAUAAUGCUUCCUAGAGUUCCUCUGCUGUGUUCAAACAAUUAAGAAAACUUUGUUUUGACAUAUUGCAUUGCACAUAUUUUGGAACCACAUAGAUGCAGCACCCUUGAAGCUUUGUAAUUAGACUCUCAUAUGGAGAAAGUUGUAUCUCUUUACAAACAUUUCAAAAUUAUUUACCAAGAAAUCAGUUUGAUUUAUUUCAGUCUAAAACAAAGUAUAUAAUAUCUUUAGGAACUGGAGAAGAUGAAUCAAGAAUUAGAAAAAGAAAAAGAAAAACUUGAAUCCUUCACAAAAGAAAUCAAAGAAGAGUAUGAACGAAUAAAGCAGUAAGUUGAGAUAAUAUUUAAUUUGACCGGAGUCACUGAGUUUUGUUUUUUUUUCAGUUUUUUAAUUUCAUUUCUAACCAACUUUUAAACAAAAUAAUCUUAAACUUAGUCUGCACUGGUUUUUAAACAACAUUUAUUUUCAGUAAACACUGACAACAUGCAGUAGGUCCACUCUAAGAUUUUUCAACUGUUGAAAUUAUUCAUUGUUUAUUCAACAGAGAAUUAGAUGAGACGAACCAGCUGGCACAGGAGUUUGAGAAUGACAGGAUUACUCUCUCAAAAUCUAUGGAGCAGCAAAGGCAACAGUUGGAGGUAAUUCAACUUCACUUUCUACUGUUGCAAUUUAAUAUGUUCAGAAAUUUAAAAGUAAAUAUCAUUUGAAUGCAAUAACCUUCAAUAGGAUUCGAUUGAUAUGUAAUUAAAAACAUUAAUUUGCUGUUGUUUUGCAAAUCUUUUUAAGUCACUGUUACAAAUGUGUACCCUUACCCCCCUACAAAAUUUGGUCAGUGCACAAACAAAGAAACAAACAAACAAAGUUAAUGUUAGGAAAAGGAGAAAAUCUAAGAUAAAAAUAUACUCUUAACCACUUUGUGCUUUGGGGCUAGUCUAACAUUAACAAAAAAAUUGGGUCAUAUAUACUCAGUGCCAAUAAUUCUGAUGAAUAGUAUAACACCUUUUUGUGUUUGUUCAGAUUAUGUUAAACAUAUAAUUUGCUCUUGUAAAUUAAUACAAACCAUUCUACUUCCAGUGGAUAGGAAGUAUGAGGACAGAAGGGUGUUGAAUUUUUAUUCAUUAACGAUGAUUUUAUUUUUAUAAAAACUAUCAUUUUAGAGGAAAGUGUAAAAUUUUAUUAACAUUAGAAUGUGCUAUUAAUUUUACAUUUUAAUUCUUCUUUCAUUUUUUUUAGUUUUAGUUUUGAGAUUAUUGCUUGUUUUUUGUUGGCACCAUAAUUUUAUGAACUCACUCCAAAACUAGAAUAAAUUAAUUUGGCAAAGUUAUUGUAUAAAGAGUAAAAAGAAUUAUUUAAAUUUAAGUUUUUUUGUGUCAUACAUUAUGCUCAUGGUUUGAACAGAAUCUGCAUAAAGACAAACAAAGGAUAUUAGAGGAAUUACGGAGUAGCAUGGCGGAGCAAACCAACCUAAGCAAAGAAAAGCAGUCUUUAUCGCAGCGAUCUGAAGGAUUACAGCGUCAGCUGCAAGAGAUUGAAAACCUGACAAAACAAGUAGAGGAUGAAAGGGUCCAUGCUGAAAUGCUGUAAGCACCUCAGUUUCUUUUGUAUCAGCAGCAAAAUUUAGUGGGUUAUAUUUUUUUUUUAAGCUAAAGGCAUUAUGUCAUCAGUUAAAUUAGGAAAAUUGUAUUUUUAAGGUAGCUGUUUUUGAAUUUGAUGAAAGUGGUGGUAGGGAUGUUUACAAGUAUAUAUGUAAUUUUAAUAAGGAAACUGCAGUGACAUCAAGGUUCAAAAUUUGUUUUAAACAGUUCGUGAGUUUAAAUUGAUUCUUGUUUGCUAACCAUAUUAAAUAAAUAAAUCAAAUGUUCUGGAAGUUUUAUGCUCCGCAAAUAAAUUUGUUAGAACAUUUUUAAAGUUGUGUAUUAUGACAGAUUAAGAGACAACAAGGAACGACUUGACCAACUUGAAGAAGAGAAGUCGGCAAUCUCAGAGCAUGCCCAGGAAUUGGAGUCAACCAUCAAAGAUCUGGUCUCACAGAAAGCCAUGACCGAGAAAGAGUUGAAGGUUGGACAAAAAGUUGAUCUUGAAAGAAUUAUAUUUAUAAAUCAUUUUAAAUCUGGUUCCCAAAGGAAGAAAAACCUUUAAAGUUGUUUGCUUUAGAUCAAUACAAAUAACAUUAGAAGACACUAAUUAUUAUUGUGUGUCUCAAUUAUGGUUAAACUUUGAUAAUAUAUACAAAAUACAAGAAACUUUUUUCAGAUAAAAAAGAAAAGCACAUGAAUUUAAUUAUCAUAUUUUUUCUUAUGUUUUUUAAAAAAAUCCUUUAUUCUGUUUCAAGGAAUGGAAAAGAAUGAUUUGGUUUCAGUUGUUAACUUAUUUAUUUUUUAAAAAUCUCCUUUUUCCUUAUUUCCAGGAAGAAAUCAGAGCCAGAAUGUCUGCUGAGCAAAGACUGCGUGAAGCUGAGCGUUCAUUAAAUUGUAUUGACCUGGCAGUAACCUCACAAUCACAUCGAAUAGAGAGUGAUGCUAAGGAGGAAAUGACAAUAAAUGUGAAAAAGUUGAAAAGUGGGUUUUUAAAUUUAAGCUUAUUCUCUCCCCUUACCCCAAUUUUAUAUAUAUAUAUAUAUAUAUAUAAAUUAAAAAAAAAAAAAAAAAAAAAAUGCUUAGAUUUGAUUACUAAUUUAUUUUAAAAAAUCAGGCAGAAUGUGGAAAAAUUGAAGGGUUGAUUUGCAUUUUAAAAAGAUUGAUUGAUAACUGAUAAAUCAAGCUACAAAGUAUUUAACAUAAUAUUAUGUUUUUGAAAUUGCUGUUCAAUAAGCUGCUAAAUAUAUAAGUUGCUUUUAUAACAUCCUACAGAUUUUUUUGAAGAUCUUGCGGAAGAGGCAAAAAUAUCUUCUGAGAACCCUUUGAUUAUUCGAAAUGGUUUAAUGGCCAGAAAGACUUUAGCACGAAGGGCAAAAACAGUGCGGUAUGAAAACAGGAAAAGGUCUUCAAGUAAGUGAUGACUUUGUUGAUUUUAAAGUUUCACAAAGCUUUAAAUUAGGAAAGAAAGUAAUUGAUAUUUUUUUCAGUUACUGUACUUUUAUGUUUGUGAUAAUUCCCUCCCCCCCCUGAUUUACUAAGAAAUGGAUGGAGUUAUUAUACAACUGGAAUGAUCUUAUGAACACUAACAGUACUGAAUUCUCAAAAAAGCUAUUUAGGUCAAGAUUAUUUUCUUUACGUGCAACAUAAAUUAAUUCACACUAACUGCAUUUGCCUGCAAAUCUAUAUGAGAACUAAUUAUUGCUGGGCACAACACCCCCCACCCCCUCAUCCCCUGACCCCACCCCUGCAUUUACCGUAAUGGACUUGGCACUACAAAGGUGCCAACUCUAUAAAUCGGGGAAUGGUCAGCAUGGACCCUUUACUAACAAGAUUGAUGAGAAUUUCUAUUGUGUUUUAGUAUGCAGUUGCUGAGGUGCUUUUAAUUUAACUGCAAGUGGUAGUUGUUUGAUAUGUUAGAUGUAUACAUUUUUUGUGUGUGUGUGGUGUAGUUCAAGUCUAAAUUGAUUGUCUAUGAUCUGUUAGGCUCCAUGUUAUCCCUACUGUCAGUUGAUUCAGAACUACAGGAUUAUUCCACUCUGUAGCUGGUAAGAAGGAGGCAAUAUCAAAUUAAGACUAACCUUUUUUCUGCACCAAAAUUAGACAUGUAUAACAUCAUGUAUAAUGUUUGUUUUUUUAGUGUUAUAGCAGUUUGGCCUUUCUAAACUAGUUAAUUUAUUGUUGUUCAUAACAGAAAUAAUAGUUAACUUAUAAUUUUUUAAAACUUAUCAAUGAUGUCUAUUAUUAUCAGCAGUCAGGAAAAUGAUUAUCAAAUCUUAUUUUUUAGUCCAAGUUGAAAAUCAUGGCAGUUGGUGUUUUUUGUUGAAAAGUAAAAUAAAUCUUUAUAAUUUUUUAACAAAAAUGGGCCUUAAUUUCUUUAACAAAAAAGGGGCUAUAAUUACACCUGUUAUUUGCAUCAAACCAAAGCUACCAGUAAUCUCCAAGUUAAUAUAUCAGAAAUCAAAAGCAAACCCUUUUUGAAAAGUUAAGUUUUUGAAUCAUGUCAAGUAUUUUAUAAACCAUUGUUAGAACUGGAUUCCUAAAAGUGCACAUUAAUCAGUUAUUUGCAUCUCCAUUUAAACAACGUGUUUCCCCCAUCUGCCUUUCAGUAUUCCAGGUGUUUGAAAUCAGCAGGUAUUGCCCCUAAUUAUCUCAGAUGUCUUAGUUACUUGUAUUUCUUUUCUUUUUUUUUUCCCACUAACUGGUUUCAGUGUGAGGAACACAUAAGACCACUAUUAUCACUUAUGUAUAUGUGUACAUAUAAGUAAACUCAUGCUAGUAUUGUAAACACCGUCUAUGUGGUUUCAACUGUUUCAUGUUCAAUGAUGCUUGCCAUCCUGAAAAGUUAAGAGCGACCACCCCCCAUCCCCCCUGCUAUGCUAGUUCGGUGGACAUAAAAUCCCAAUAUACAGUAAACAAAGAAAUUAUUCUGUCACAACAAGGAUCGGCAGAACUUAAGAAUUUUAUAGAGUAUAAAUCUCAAAAUUUAAUAACUGAAGCUGAUCCAGAUUCACAGCAUUGUAAUUGGUACGUGCGAUGUACUGACUGAAUACUAGCAUUGCUGUAAAUUGACAGCAAAGAUUUUAAGACCAAAACCUGUAACAUUCAAUAAGGAGGGCUUUGUGUUCAACCAGAAACUGAGGCUAAUGGCAUGAUUACUAUGAAACUUAUUUAUUUUUUUAUUACUGAACUGGGAUUCUUUCUUGUGUAACACUUCAGUCCCUCAGUGUAGAAUCUUUAUCCCUGGAACUGGAAACUUUGAUUUCAGUUAAAUCAAUAUCUACAAUCAAAAUUUUCUGAUUUUUGGUUGACUUGAUGUAAGUUUCAUUGUAAGAAUCUUUGCCCCAGUCCUGUCUUGUCUCAUCACAGAAAAUAGAACUUUAACAGUGUUUCUGUCAAGUUAGUCUCUUGUAUCACCACAGCACAAAUGAUAAAAUCCAUGGGAUGCUACCGGAUUAAUUUGCAACAUUAAGUAACAGUCUUUAUUACAUAGGAUGACAUGCUGUAGGACAAAAAAGAUAACACAUUUAUUACAGAGAAGUGAUUGUCAACAAAGAUAACUUAAAUUUAUCACAGACAAGUGAUUGUCAACUGUAGUGGUCUGGUACAGGGAAAAAAAACAACUUUUUAUUUUUACUUGGGGCUUUAAAAAAUUAAUUAAUAUUAAAAAUAAAAGACAAUGACAUUUUAUCUCCUAUUGGCCUAUCCAGAUUUGAUUAUUUUCUUUUCUGAAAAAAAAAAGGAAUUAUUUGAUCUCUUUUAAGCUACUAUUGAAGCUUCUUGGAAUACCUCUACUUUUUUUCCAGUAAAUGAUAUCACAAGACCUGUCAUUUUCACCUAAAAAAAUUGUUUCAAUCUGACCUACAAUGUUCCUUUCAAUUUCAUAAUUUUCUUGUCUUUUGUUGUUGUUGUUGUUGUUUUGAGCAAAUAUAACAUUAUGCAUGUGCAUGCCUUUUCCCCUAAGCUAACCAGUUCAUUAUACCAGGAGAGUGGGGAGGUUCAGGACAAACAAUAGUCUUUUUUUUUGGUCAAGGGUGGUGCUUUAUGUUUUAGGAACUCAGUUACUCACUUUCUGUUAUUUAAAUAUGCCCACAUUUGUUUCAUUUGUUUUCUUGCUUUUAAAUUAAAUUUUUUUGUUUGUUAUAUAAUUGAACCAUUAGAAAGUGAAAUAGCUACCAUUAUCAGAAUUCACUUAGUAUUGUGGUGAUGGUUAUCUGGUAUUAAUAAAUUACUCCUCUUUUUUUAUCUUCAUUAUUUUAAAGUAAUUGAAUCAUAAGAGAGUUAGUAACUAAAUUCAGUAGAGUAUUUUAGAAUUAGGUCCAUUCUACGUUGCAUUUAUGACUAUUUUUAACCUAUGGAUACACUUUAGCAGCAAAGGUUUUCAGGGUAUUGGAGCAAUUAUAUUCGUACACGUUUUAGACGUAAUCAUACACAUAGCCUGGAAUCGGUGUUGAAGAAAUGGCUUAUUAUUAUAUUCCCAUUGAUUAGAGUUUAUAUUUUGUACAAUUAUAUUGGAGUGUAUAUUUUUUAAAACUAGAUGUUCCACACAAGUCUUAACACAGGGGUCAGCAACCAUUUGGUGUGAGAGUUUGCAAAGUAAGAAUUAUAAUUUAUUCAGCGUGCCAAUAACUUGUUUAGACAUUUAUAAAUAAUUUUUUGGUCUUCCGUGUGCCAAUGAUAAUGGCUGUGCGUGCCAAGUCUGGCAUGUGUGCUGUAGGUUGCUGAUCCCUGCUCUAGCGGUUCAAUAACAAUCAGUUGAAAAAUCUGCAUCAGGAUUUUUCAUUGUUUUGAGUUUCAUGAUGAAAAUUCACAUAGGAAAUAAAUUAACAAAGUAUGCCUUUUAUUGCAAUAGCGCAACCCAACUUGUACAGCAUAGUAAUCAUAAAUAUUGUUUUAAACCAGAUGCUUUUAAUCUCUGUGUAAUUUUGAUGGCAGUGCAUUUUAAUUGUGCUUUCACUGGGGAAUCCACUCCCUCAGAAUAAUAAUAUACAAAACUAUUUUCAUAUAUUUAUUCUCAACCAAUGUAUCCUCCAUUCAUAGGUGUGAAUUCUAAUCGAGGUAACUUUGAAGUUUUUAUGUGUAAACGUUUUUAUUUUACAUUUUGAUUACAAGCAAAUCUUCUCAGCUAUAUCUUUACAUGUGUACAUAUAUUCUAGCAAAAUCUUGUACAUAGAUACUUGUAAUCUUGUACAAUUUUUAGUAAUUAACAUUAGUAAAACUUCCAACAGGAUUUUUGGUAAGUUUAAAAAAAAAAAUGAGUGCACAUUUCUUUACAAUAAAUAUCUAGCACAUUUUAAGAACAAUUCAAUUUUUAUUUAGCAAUUUUUAUAUUAAUAUGCUUUGAAGUAGUUUUAGUAAAUCUAUAGACUUGACCAGGUCUAGCUAAACAAAAAACAAAAAAGGAUCCACUAACUUUUUUUCUGAUAAAUUAUUAACAAAUGUUUUAGAUUUUUUAUUUAAAAAACAAAGUGAAAAAGGAACAUAACUAAGUGAAAUUAUUUUAUAAAAAAAAAAAAAAAGCCAUUACGUUUAAAAAAAUCCAUGAUGUUUUUACAUCCUACUCUUGACUUUGGGCCUCUAUUCAUGUAGAAAAUUUUGCUACCUCAUACCUUUAAUAUCAUAUACAUCUAUUAAGGCCAAUAAAUCUGAAAAUAUUUGUUAAAUUUGUUUAAAUUGUGUGUACUAGACUUAAUUGAUUCAUUUUAAUUUACACGUUUUCAAACACACAAAUUUAUUCAUAACCAAAAAAUAGCUUAUUACAUAAUUUAAUAGAAAGCUCACGCCUGGAUUCUUCACAAAGUUUGUUAAGGAAAAUCUGGAAAUUCAAGAUUUACUUUAUUGAAAGUUAGCUUUGCCUAAUCUUGAGUUGAACACCUUGAUAUAGAGAUGCCAUCUACACAUCUCAAUCAUACCCUGCUCCUAGGCUGAUAGUUUAUUUUUACAUGAAUUUAGGAUCUUCCUAUGAGAAAUGUAAACAAUAGGCUUUAUAGUCCCAUCCGCAAUAUGAGAAAUGUUAACAGUAGGCAUUAUAGUCCUACCAGUGCUUCAGUCAAACAAUAAAUAUAAGUUCAAAAUUUGUAUUUAAAAUUAAAUUUCAUCUACUUAAGGAAAAUUUUGCAACAUUGGGAAAAAAAAGCAUUUAAAUGCUUUGCACAUUUAAUUUCUAUUUAAUGAAAGAAAAUUUAAGUGACCCCAAACCAAUACUUCAAAACUAAAUAUAUGUUACUUUACUAUAUAAAAAAAAAAGUUUAUAAUUCUGUUACGAUGACAUGGUUUCAAUAACGUCGACAACAUGGUUUCAAUAACGAUAACGUGGUUUCAAUAACCAUAACGUGGUUUCAAUAAAGUUGAGUAAAAAAAAAUAAAAAAUUAAGAUUUCUGAGUUGUAAUGAAAUUUUUUUAAGAAGACCUAUUUGCAAUGUAGAGAAUGUAACAAUGUGUAGUCUUGUUUUCAUUUACACCCAAUAGAAAAUUUACCCCCUUUUUCUUCUUUUUUUUUCUUUCUAGAUUUAGUGGGGGAGUUUUUUUGUUCAUAAAUUUUAUAUUAGUAAACAACAAUUAAUCAUUUCAUUUUACUAUUUUAACUGUACACUUCAUGAAAAAAACAUACCUUUAAAAAUAUAUAUAUAUUCUUUACAAUUGAUUUAUCAUUCCUAGGAUCUUAAGAUUGAAAAACAAUACAUGUAGGAAGGUGAAAAUAGAAUGAAAUGAAAGUUAAGGACAAUAAAUUAAUAUCUUAUUAUAACAGUGGCUGAAUAAAUGGUUAAUAACAUGUAUGUUAAGUAAAUACAACCAGUGUUUAAAUUGCUAAAAGUUACAGAUUCAAAUAAAUUUUUAAUAAAUCUUUACUAGACUUUGCAAGGGCAUUUGUGACUCAUAAAUUUGUUAACAUUAAAUAAAUAAAGCCAGUAUUUAAAGUAACUGAAGCAUUAAGUCACCUACCAUUUUCUUAAUGUCUGUAUUUCUUGUACAGUGAAGAAUUCAAAGGUAGUCUCUAAAAAUUUAAUUCUUUGUAAACUUUAAAUUUAUAACUUUAAAUAGAAAAAUAACAGUAAAUGAGUCAUGCGAAAUAGUUCAUCUACAAUAAUUGAUGCUGUUAAUCCAUCUUCAGAUAUCUCACAUCUUUGUUUCAGAUAAUCACACAAUGUCCUGUGACCUAAGCUCACUCAGACCAAAAACAAACCUCCGCCGAGCUGUGACAUCAAUGGACCGAGGCACACGAGAGCAGCUUAACAAUUCACUAUAUCCUCUGGAUGAGAAGGUUGCAUUUGAAGAUAAUUUUUAAGAUUGUGUUUUUUGUUCUUUUUUUGAGAAAUUACCGAAAAAUUUUAUUAUAUUUAAUGAGGAAUUUCAUGGUUCUUAAGAUAUUUAACAAUCAUUUUUAUCAAAUAUUAUAAAUUAUUUAAAUUUUAGUAUAAUAACUAUGAAAAGAUGAUUAUCUUGUACAUUAACACCAGCUCUGGGAUUUAAUCUAGUUCCUCCGGUUAUGUGGGAAAUGAGUUGUGUGUGUAUUAGAGAAUUUACAAAUUGCAGGGAGAAAAAAAGACUGGAAAAUCAUUCAUUUUUUAAAACACAAAAUUUUAUUGCAAUCUCAGCUCUGCUUGGUCAAUACCAAAAGACUCUCAAAAGCUAUUGAAAACUUCUGAUGGUUAUUCAUUGGUAGAUAUUUUGUUUUUUAAUCCAACAAAACCAAUGUUAUAACAUAUGUAAGGUUUGUUUAUACAGUUUGUUAUGCUUGAACAUUACACAGCUUGAACAUUAUACAGUUAGAACAUUCAUUACACAGUUUGAACAUUAUGCAGUUAGAACAUUCAUUACACAGCUUGAACAUUAUGCAGUUAGAACAUUCAUUACACAGUUUGAACAUUAUGCAGUUAGAACAUUCAUUACACAGCUUGAACAUUAUGCAGUUAGAACAUUCAUUACACAGCUUGAACAUUAUGCAGUUAGAACAUUCAUUACACAGCUUGAACAUUAUGCAAUUUAUUAUGUUUUAACAUUACAUACAAUAUUUAUUUUUUUAUCUGUAAACCCUUAUGUAGUCUGAAAUGAAGCACAUAAUAAAUUCUACUGUGUGCCCAGUAACUUAAACGUUUUAUUCACACACACCACAGGAUUGAGAAAUAAAAAUCAAGGCAAACCCC